AUGCCUAAAUCGAAAAGGACUGAAGUAACGAACUAUACCUACAAUGCACACACACUUGCUUCUAAGUUCUCUGUAGAAGAUCUGAUAGUGCAAGCAAGAAGAACAAGGUGCGACAUCAUCGGCCUGGCUGAGACGAGACGACGCCACCCAUUCGACGCAGUCUAUGACACCGAAGAAGAACUCUUCCUCGGAACACGCCACAGUAGAGGAGUCGGCGGCAUCGGCGGUCAACACGAGUUUGUCCAGGAGCGUCGAUUCAUUCGAACAACUUACAACCCGAAUCGGACGUUUACGAUUAAAAAUAUGUGGAUUAAUACCGGCUUUGUCUAUUUUCGUCGUUUAUGCGCCAACGUCAAACUACGACGAAGAAGAAGUCAUGACGUUGUAUGUGGACUUGGAGAAGUUCUACAAAGAAGACCAUACAUUCUUCAAGGUUCAUUGGAGAUUUCAGUGCUAAAAUUGGACCCGAAAACUUCUGUCUGCAGAAACACUCAAGCUGAGACGUCAGAGUAUAAUCACACGAGCUGCAGGAUGUCCACUAGCAAUUUGGCUCGCAACCUUCAUUCACCUUUUCGGGUUGGUAUGGCUAACUCCACCGUUAGCGAUAUGUCAUCGACGGUGUCAAAACAGUUCAGCGGAUUGACGUGGCGAAUAAGAAAACGAAGCAGGGUUAAAAGCGAUCUCGUUUUUGCUCCAGCGAGAGAAGUGACUCUGGGGAAUCGUGGAAAGGACUACAUAACUGCUCACUUCGAGACCACUCACGUCGCGGAAAAUGACAAAACAGCCGCCUCACCACUCGAUUUCUUUCGGUAUUUUGACAAGCGCUCAAAAGAAAAAGUUAUUGAGAAUUUCACUCCAUCAGAAAACCUUUAG